AACUUUCGCUGGACCUGCGGAGACCCCUGCCUAGGCGUCCAGGCUGUGCAGCCUGUGCAGGGCAGUCCGCGCCACCACCAUCGCUGCCGCCCCGAGCCCGGAGCGCCCAGGAGCCGCACCCCGCCGCGACGCAGUCUCGCCGCCGCCGCCGCCGCCUCCGCGCCCGGGCGCGCCCAGUCGCACGUGGCGGACCCGCCCCCUGGGCCGGCCUUGCGCUGGACUCCGCGGACCCCGGCUGUCCGGUCCUCGGCCCCGGCCCCAGGCCCGCGAUGAGCUUCCUGAGCCGGCAGCAGCCGCCACCGCCCCGCCGCGCCGGGGCCGCCUGUAGCUUGAGACAGAAGCUGAUCUUCUCGCCGUGCAGCGACUGUGAGGAGGAGGAGGAGGAGGAAGAAGAGGAGGGUAGCGGCCACAGCACUGGGGAGGACUCGGCCUUCCAGGAGCCCGACUCGCCGCUGCCGUCCGCCCGCAGCCCCGCGGAGCCCGGGCCCGAGCGCCGCCGCUCGCCCGGCCCGGCGCCUGGCAGCCCCGGGGAGCUGGAGGUGGACAUGCUGCUGCCCGGCGCUUGCCCGAGCGCGGACGGGGCGGGCGGCGGCGGCGCCGAGGGCGACUCCUGGGAGGAGGAGGGCUUCGGCUCCUCGUCCCCUGUGAAGUCGCCGGCGGCCGCCUACUUCCUGGGCAGCUCGUUCUCGCCGGUGCGCUGCGGCGGCCCGGGAGACGCGUCGCCGCGGGGCUGCGGGUCGCGCAGGGCCAGCGAGGGCCCCUGCUCGCCGCUGCCGGACCACCCGGGCACGCCACCGCACAAGACCUUCCGCAAGCUGCGGCUCUUCGACACGCCGCACACGCCCAAGAGUUUGCUCUCCAAAGCUCGAGGAAUUGAUUCCAGCUCUGUUAAACUCCGGGGUGGUUCUCUAUUCAUGGAUACAGAAAAAUCAGGAAAAAGGGAAUUUGACACACGACAGACCCCUCAAGUGAAUAUUAAUCCUUUUACUCCGGAUUCCUUGUUGCUUCAUUCUUCAGGAACGUGUCGUCGAAGAAAGAGAGUGUAUUGGAAUGAUUCCUGUGGUGAAGACAUGGAAGCCAGUGAUUAUGAAUUUGAAGAUGAAACAAGACCUGCUAAAAGGAUUACAAUUACUGAAAGCAACAUGAAGUCACGGUAUACAACAGAAUUUCAUGAGCUAGAGAAAAUUGGCUCUGGAGAAUUUGGUUCUGUGUUCAAGUGUGUGAAGAGGCUGGAUGGAUGCAUUUAUGCCAUUAAGCGAUCAAAAAAGCCAUUGGCUGGCUCUGUUGAUGAGCAGAAUGCUUUGAGAGAGGUAUAUGCUCAUGCAGUACUUGGCCAACACUCUCAUGUGGUUCGAUAUUUUUCUGCCUGGGCAGAAGACGAUCAUAUGCUUAUACAGAAUGAAUAUUGUAAUGGUGGAAGUUUAGCUGAUGCUAUAAGUGAAAACUACAGAAUCAUGAGUUACUUUACAGAAGUAGAGUUGAAGGACCUCCUCCUGCAGGUUGGCCGGGGCUUGAGAUACAUUCAUUCAAUGUCCUUGGUUCAUAUGGAUAUAAAACCUAGUAAUAUUUUUAUAUCUCGAACCUCAAUCCCAAAUGCUGUCUCUGAAGAAGGAGAUGAAGAUGACUGGUCAUCUAACAAGGUUAUGUUUAAAAUAGGUGAUCUUGGCCAUGUAACAAGGAUCUCUAGUCCGCAGGUGGAAGAAGGUGAUAGUCGUUUUCUUGCAAAUGAAGUUUUACAGGAGAACUACACCCAUCUACCAAAAGCAGAUAUUUUUGCCCUUGCCCUCACAGUGGUAUGUGCUGCUGGUGCUGAACCUCUUCCAAGGAAUGGAGACCAAUGGCAUGAAAUCAGACAGGGAAGAUUGCCUCGGAUACCCCAAGUGCUUUCACAAGAAUUUACGGAGUUGCUGAAAGUUAUGAUUCAUCCAGAUCCAGAGAGAAGACCUUCAGCAAUGGCACUGGUAAAGCAUUCUGUACUGCUGUCUGCUUCUAGAAAGAGUGCAGAACAGUUGCGAAUAGAAUUGAAUGCUGAAAAGUUCAAAAAUUCACUGUUGCAGAAAGAACUGAAGAAAGCCCAGAUGGCAAAAGCUGCAGCUGAGGAAAGAGCACUCUUCACUGACCGGAUGGCCACUAGGUCCACCACCCAGAGUAAUAGAACAUCUCGGCUUAUUGGAAAGAAAAUGAACCGCUCUGUCAGCCUCACCAUAUACUGAACUACUCAUUUCCCACCUCCCCCAAAAACUGUGACAAGAGGAAGCUAGGUUGAAAUCACUGCUAGAACCCACUUUACAAUUACUCUCUCGAUUGGUGUCAGUAGUUGUUUUACUGAAAUACCUUUUGGGACUUUGAUUUGUGAAUUACAGCUGAAUGCUGUAUUUAGACCAUGGCUUUAUCAGGCUUUCGAUUAGUGUUACCCACCAGUGUGUCUUGUGUAGGCUGGCAGUCACUGUUGGGUGUUACACCAUCCUCCCGGGGUUAACCACUGUGGUGGUGCGCUGCUAACAGCUUGCUGUUGCAUUGUAAUAAAAGGUGUCUUUCCGUGUAGUGACUGUAAAAAUGGACUCAAGGGCUUUGUUACACACAUUCCUCCUUUGAAAGGGAGAAUGCUAAGAGACUCUGUACUGCUCAGCCUUCAGUGUACCUGUGUGUCACUCUUCUAUUCCUUUUUUUAUUCUUAUAUUUCUUUUUAAAAUUGUGAAUUAUACUUGUAUAUCCAACUGGGAGCACUUUGUAGGCAUUGCAUGAACCAUGGAAUAAUUCUGUGGAAGUAUUGCCUUGUGAAUUUGCUGCUAUUUUAGUUUUUCUUUGCUGUAAAAUUGUAGCAUUAAACAAUCAUCGUUGUUAAUAGGCUUUCUUUGAAACAAUUAUGUGAAAUACGUAGUUGCUCUUGAUGAAAAGCAGCUAUUUGCGUUUUUUUUUUUGUUUUUUUUUUUUUUUUCCUUUGAACUUUGAAGCUAGUGCAUUGAAAAAAUGCACCUUUCUCCUCCCCUUCUCCCCCCGGAAUUCUGUAUUGAUGUAGUGUAAUCAUUACUAUUUUGUAAUUUUUUUCUGGUAAUUUCCUUCCCUGACUUUUUUUAAAAAUGUCUCCUUCCUCCUCUUCCCAAGUUUUGUACUUGAGUGUAUUAUUAGUCUGUUUUUAAAUGUUUUGCCCUUCAAUAUUUGUGUAUAUAAAGUGAUCUUGAUGAUACUGUAUAUAGCUGUUUGAUAUGCCAGACGACUUCUGACUGUUCCAAGUUUUUCACAAAAUAUAUUUUAUCUGUAAUUAGCCAUUUGACUAAUAAUACUGGCUAACAGAUGUUGGGGAAAAACUUUGUCUCUUUGCUUCUUUUCUCAUUAAUUUUGGUUUAAAACAUGUUUGCACUUGUCUGUCUGACUUGUGUUUUAUAAGCAAUGAUUGGCAUAUUAAAAGUCACUCUGUGCUUAAGUGUCUAAA